GGCGGCCCCGCCGCCGCUGCCGCUCCGCGAUGCCGCGGCCGGGCAGGAACACGUACAGCGACCAGAAGCCGCCCUACUCCUACAUCUCGCUGACCGCCAUGGCCAUCCAGAGCUCGGCCGAGAAGAUGCUGCCGCUGAGCGAGAUCUACAAGUUCAUCAUGGACCGCUUCCCCUACUACCGGGAGAACACGCAGCGCUGGCAGAACUCGCUGCGCCACAACCUCUCCUUCAACGACUGCUUCAUCAAGAUCCCGCGCCGGCCCGACCAGCCGGGCAAGGGCAGCUUCUGGGCGCUGCACCCCAGCUGCGGGGACAUGUUCGAGAACGGCAGCUUCCUGCGGCGCCGCAAGCGCUUCAAGGUGCUCAAGGCCGACCCGCUGGCGCCCGCCAAGCCGGCCGAGGCGGCGCAGUACCUGCAGCAGCAGGCCAAGCUGCGGCUCAGCGCGCUGGCGGCGGGCGGCACGCACCUGCCGCCCAUGUCCUCCUACAACCUGGGCGUGUCGCAGCCGUCCGGCUUCAAGCACCCCUUCGCCAUCGAGAACAUCAUCGCCCGCGAGUACAAGAUGCCGGGCGGGCUCGCCUUCUCGGCCGUGCAGCCCGUGCCCGCCGCCUACCCGCUGCCCAACCAGCUGGGCGCCGUGGGCAGCUCCAUCGGCGCGGGCUGGCCGCACGUCUACGGCUCCGGCAUGAUCGACCCGGCCGCGCCGCUCUCCAUGGCCGGCGGCGACUACAGCGCCUACGGGGUGCCGCUCAAGCCGCUGUGCCACGGCGGGCAGACGCUGCCGGCCAUCCCGGUGCCCAUCAAGCCCACGCCGGCCGCCGUGCCGGCCCUGCCCGAUGAUAAAUCUAGAGCCUAUCACAACAUUAACCCAGGAACUCCAGACAAUAUGAUGUCACUUGAUUCCUACAACCGUUCCCACUGGCAGCUGUAG